CGGCCUGGGGCGUCGGCCGCCGGCUUCCUGGCGACCCUCGCUGAGCCCCCACUCGGGGCACGGGGGCGUCUCCCUCCCACUCCGUCCCUGGAGCACCGGCACCCGACCCGUCAGCUGGGACAAGCCUGAGGGCCUGACGACCCCCGGAGUGUGGCCCGCGGCGUCUACCCGCCGCCGCCAUGGCUUGCAGCUUGCAGAAGCUGUUUGCCGUGGAAGAGGAGUUUGAAGAUGAGGAUUUCCUGUCGGCGGUGGAGGAUGUGGAGAGCCAGUUCGCUGGCUCACUGCCUGUGACUGCGGGUCACCUGAGACCUGUCUCUCCCAGGCCACAGGAGGCUGCGCAGCCCCAGUCCUCCAGGCUGCUGCCACGGCACCCUGCUGCGCCGUCAGAGGCCUCGGGCCUGCCGGCCCUGGGACUCCGGCUUGCUGCUUCCAGUACGCUCAGAGCUGCCAGAGGGCCAGCUUCUGCGGGGACAGCGCUGCUAAGGCCCGCCUCGACUUCCAGCAGCUUGACUGGUGAUCCGAGAGGAGUGACGCGGCCAGAAACGCUCCCGGAGCCAGCGAGACCCCAGGCCUCAGCCCCACGUCCCCUGUGCGCCUUCAAGAGCCCGCAGCAGGGCCUGGCUGGCUUCGAGGGGUGUGAACAUGAUGAUGACUUCGAUAAGGUCCUGGCAAGCAUGGAGCUGGAGGGCCCUGGCACGGAGCUGGAACGUGGAGAGAGCCAUGAGGCCGCACAAACCCUGCCUGCCCAGCCGUGGGAGGACUCAGUAUUGGCUAAAAAGGCCCGGGUGGCUGAUGUGAGUGGCUCUGGCCAGAAGGGGCCGGUGCCGGACACCUGUGCAGCAGGUGUCCUGUCGGCCCAGGAUGAGCCUCUGGGCCCUGUUGUCCACUGCAGGACUCCACGGCCCUGCCUGCGGCCUGGAGCCUCCGGAAGCCUUCCUGUCCCUCCUGCCUUAGCGGUUCCCACUCGGCAACGCCCCCGGGAAGUCUGCCCCGGAGUAUCCCGGCUUCCCCCGGCUGCUGGCGGAGCUGUGCAGGGCAGCCCUCGAGAGGGUCUCCACUGCCAGUCAGUUCAGUCCCCAGGGGCCUGGGCAGGUGGCAGGCCUCGUUUUCCUGGACCCCGAACUCCCAGCUCCAGCUGUUCUGCUCGCUCAACGACUGGCCCUAGGAUACUUCCUCAAAGCCCCUUGCGGCCGCGAGCUCCAGGGUGUUCUGUUGAGUCUCCUGUGGGCAUCCCAAGAGCUCCCCAUCCCUCCCUGGUUCCCCAGGCAGCUCUGCAGACGCCUGUGGUCACCAACCACCUGGUGCAGCUGGUCACCGCUGCCAGCCGGACACCCCAGCUGCCGGGCCAUCGCACCCCUGGAGCCAAAACACGCCGCUUCCCUGGCCCAGCGGGGCUCCUGCCUCAUCAGCACAGUGGGAGGAACCUGGAGGAGAUCAUGGUUUCCACGCCCCAGACUCCAGCUCACGGCGCACUGGCUAAGUUCCGGACAGAGAUUGUCGCUAGUUCCCAGGCCUCAGUAGAGGAGGAUUUUGGGCGAGGGCCUUGGCUGACCAUGAAAUCUGCUCUGGGCCUGGAUGAGAGAGACCCCACCUGCUUCCUCUGCUCCUACAGCAUUGUCAUGGUGCUGCGCAAGGCAGCCCUGAAGCAGCUCCCCAGGAACAAGGUGCCCAACAUGGCGGUGAUGAUCAAGUCCCUGACUCGGAGCGCGAUGGACGCCAGUGUGGUCUUCAAGGACCCCACAGGAGAGAUGCAGGGGACGGUGCACAGGGUGCUGCUGGAGACACGCCAGAGUGAGCUGAAGCCUGGCUCGGUGCUGCUGCUACGGCAGAUCGGAGUGUUUUCUCCUUCGCUCCGAAAUCACUACCUCAACGUGACACCCAACAACCUGGUCCAUAUCUACAGCGCAGACCCUGGGGAUGGAAGCCUGUUCACACCCUCUCGGCCCUUCCCCGAGGAUCCAGGAUGCUUCCAUAGCAGUCCCCAGCAUGACGCGGCCGCAAAGCCUGGGGAAGGCCGCAGAGCAGCCCAGGCCCCCGAGGCAGGGCCGUCCGCUGUGGAGGAUCCCCCAGAAGCAGAUGACCUGGAUGGACUGCUGAGUGAGCUCCCUGAGGACUUCUUCGGUGGGACUGGCGGCUGGGACUGCCCCCAAGCGGGACACCCUCCCUGAGCAGGCGCCCUCGGCUCCGGGGCCCAGCUCUGGGUGUCGAUCAAACCCCAGGGCGAGAGGAAGGCCAGCGCGUUGGAGGCCUCAGACCCGGGGCUCCCGUGGUGCUCCCGCGCUGGGCACCUCCCCGAGAGCUCCCUUGUCGCGGAUCCUGCGCUGCCUUUGCUCUGGGGCUUCCUUCGGCACUGGAAUACCGGAACUCAGCCUAGGACCCUCAGCCUCCUGUCCUCCAAGACCUGUGCACUGUGGCUUCUCCUUCCGCCAACAAGAAAAGCAUGUCACCGUCAUGUCACCCUGAGGUCCUGUCCCUUUACUCCCGAGUCCCUGAUGGCUGAGGAGCCGAGAGGAGCCAAGCACAGCAGUGGCGACCUGAGACCUGUAGCUGCUCAGCUCACCUGUGCCCAGGGUUCCCAGGUGCUCGGGCAGGGGAGUGGGCUGUUAGACCUUGUUCUGAAAUAAAGCAGUCCCGGCUUCUGUCCCCUCCUCUCCUUUCCACCCCUCACUGCUCCUUGCCCUGUGCCCCACUGCGGGUGCUCGGCCGGAGCGGGGUCGGGCAGAUGCGUAGGCCAGGGCACAGCCAAGCCGCUCUGGCUCUCUUUCUAGUUUCUAUGCUGUUCUCGCACAGGUUCAGAUGCACAGGAUUGCAGAACUAGAGUUCCCGUAGACUCCACGUCCUGUUUCCCGUAUCGACAGCCUCUGUGAGUGUAGUACAUCUGUCAUAGCUAGUGAAGCGUACUGACAGGUGAUCUGCUGAGCGCCACACUCCGUGCGCAUUUACUCGGUGUUGCCCUCAUGGCCUUCUGUUUUGGAAUUCCACCAUUUCCACCCGGGAUCCCGGGUGUCUCCUCUGAGUUCCUCUUGGCUUUGGCAGUUUCACUUCCCACACAUGCCUUGGGCCCCUGCACUCAUGUGGGAGACCCCGAAGAAGCUCCUGGCUCCUGGCUUCAGAUCAGCCCAGCUCCAGCCAUUGUGGCCAUUUGGAGAGUGAACCAGGAUAGAAGUCCUCCCUCUGUCUCUGCCUUUGUAACUCCGCCUUUCAAAUAAAUAAAUAAAUCUUCAAAAAAAAAAAAAAAGACAUCUUGACUCUCCAACUGUACUUUAAUUGUACAAGCAAUUAAAAAAAACUUUUUAUUUGGAAGGCAGAACUAUAGAGAGGGGGAGAGAGAGAGGUCUUCCAUCUGUUGGUUCACUCCACAAAUGGCCACAACAGCUGGGGCUGGGCCAGGCGGAAGCCAGGAGCCAGGAGCUCCAUUUGCAUCUUCACGUGGGUGGCAGAGGCCCAAGCACUCGGGCUUCUUCCACUGCUUUCCCAGGUGCAUCAGCAGGGAGCGGGAUCGGAAGCAGAGCACCCAGGACUUGAACUGGGGUUGCAAGCGUGACUGAGCCAGCUGUAGCGUCUCACACCAGCUCCUGUGAUGACCUGGACAGUUCCGGGCGAUGCUGGCCGGGCGAGUGGCAGGACACCCCUCCAUGAGAAUGUCUGGUUAGAACUGUUGAAGGGCUUUCUGGUUGUUUAAACUGGGAUCAUGGGUUUGGAGGGAGACUAGAGGUCGGGGGCCUGCCAUUUGCGUCCCCACAUACUUCACAAGGGUUCACGCUGACGCUGGUCACCUGGCUGGAAGAGGGUCUCCAUGUAAGCUGGCUCUUUUCCCUUCUCCCUUUCUCUUCUCUUUGGAAGGCAGUCACUAGGUGAGGCCGUGCCGAAGGAGCAGGGGUUGUCUCCCGCUCCUGGGGCAGAGCGGCCGCAGGGACUCUUGGAGGUACAUCUGCUCCCCGUCGCCCGUUCUCCACUUGUGUCAGAAUGGCCUCGGGGGAUAGUGACACUCUGGGUGGCCACCCAGUCGUGCUCAGUGAUCUCGCUGCCACACAGCUCUGUGGCUGCCGCCUCUGUUCCACCUGUCAGACCAGAGCUGGACGGGGCAUGGCUGGGCUAAAGGCCUAAUGUACCAAGUUGCCAGCCUUGCUUUCCUGUCUAAGAUGAAGGGCAGGAAGGCAAACUCCCAGCUCCCACCAACGGGUGACAAGGUGGGUUAAGGAGCCCAGUGUGGCUGGCAGGGGACUUGGUGGGCACGGCUUGGCACUGCUCUGGGGGAGGCACUAAUCUCCCUGAAGUGAGGCUGAGCCC